UUGUCGCAAUUUUGUGCGAUUGACUUCAAAAAUUGUGCUGCUGAUGAUAAUGAUGAUGAUGAUGAUGAUGAUGAUGAUAAUGAUGAUGAUGACGAUGAUGGCGAUGAUGACCUUCUUCAUCUCCAUUCUAUCAUUAACAUAAAGAAGGAGGAGGAGGAGGAGGAGGGGAAGGAGGAGGAAGAAGUGGUAGACGUAAAGGUGGAGCAAUUGAAAAGGCGGAGGAGUAAAAAGGAGGUGUGGAAG